AUUAAACUGCGUAACCACGAUGCAUACAAUGUAAUUUACUCAUUUCAAUACAAAUAAAGUUUUCCGCAUAUUGUUCCAAGUGUAUACGUUAAAGUACGAGUUGUUUGUUUUCAUCUGGACUUUGCCAUGAUUCCAGUCAGCAAAUAUCGUAGCUCUACAAACGUAUAUAUGAAUCAAAACAUGAGGAUAAUUGUUGUUUUGUCAGUUCUGUUUGGUAGUUUGUUUGCGACAAAAGAAUGUUCGACUGGAGAGAAUUGUGAAAUCAAAUGCAUGACCAACUGUAGCAAUUGUUCAAGAGAUAAUGUUUGUGAACAAUGUGAACCUGGAUAUUUUCUUAACAAUCAUAUAUGUUACAAAUGCCCAUCAAAUUGCAUAAGUUGUUCAUCUUUGGAUAAAUGUGGUAUCUGUAAAGAUGGAUUUUACAAUGAGCGUCGGUACGACGUUAGUCGACCUCCACUAAGGACCAAUUGUAGUCUACGUUGUAGGGAGGAAUGUUCAUCAUGUAUAUCAUACAAAUAUUGUAAUAACUGUACAGAUGGUGGACACCUAUGUCAUUGUAAAACUCGAAACGAAUCUAGCAAAAUUUGUGCCUCUUGUUACAGACGCAAUUAUGGCAAUUAUUGUAACAGGAGCUGUUCAGUUGGUUGUAAAAAUCACCUGUGUGAUUUCAAUGCCGGAACGUGUGAAUGUAUACACAAUUUUCAAGGUGAUUAUUGUGAUCGUUGCAUAGAUGGUAAAUAUGGAAGAAAAUGCGAGAAGCAGUGUGAAAGAUGUUAUCCCGGAACAGCAUGUGAGAAACACAGUGGAGUUUGUGAUGAAUGUGUAGAGGGAUUCUAUUCCAGGACCUGUGACCUUCCAUGUUCAGCAAAUUGCAAGUCAUGUAAAAAGAAUUAUGGGCAUCAUUGCAUAACAUGUAAACCCGGAAAAUAUGGGAAAAAAACAGAAGAAAAUGGUAAAGAGUACAUAGCGUGUCACAAUGAUUGUUCAGACCAUUGUUUAAAUAAGACUUGUACACGUGAUUCCGGUAAUUGUUAUACAGGAUGUGUAAAGGGACACUGGGGUGUCAGGUGUGGCAGUACAUGUUCUGUUUAUUGCAAAGAUAGCGAAUGUUUCCAGGGCAAUGGAUCAUGUCUUUGCUGCAGAGAAGGUCAAUAUGGAUCAUACUGUGAUAAACCGUGUCAAGUUGGAUGUAAAGAAAACAUCUGUACACGUGAUGGGAAUUGUAAGAAAUGUAAGAAAGGAUUUACCGGAAGUAAAUGUGAAACAUGUGAAGAAUGUAUUAGUGUUGUAACCAUCAUAAUACCAGCAACAUCAUCGCUAUUUGUGAUAGCUGUAGUUAUAAUAAUUAGUAUUGUUGUUAUAAGAAGGUAAAUAUUGAUUUUAAAAAUGAAAAUUAAAAACUUCAAAGGCAUUUUUGAGGUAUUAAAAAAUGAAUCUUUUAGAAAUAUAUUCUGUUCUCAAAUGUAAAUUUACGUAAAUCACUAAUAUUUCUUUUAAAAAAUAGGAUACAAU